UUCUGAGGCCUAAUGUCCUUAACUUUACAAGUAAUGACCACAUUAACUCUGCUUCUUCUUUCCCCUCUCAACUAUUUUAUCAACACUUCAGAAUUAGAAUUAAUGAAAUUCUUACAUCACACAGCGUUUGUGCACUCAGCCUGCAUUUAUCUUAUCAAUCUUAUCAAUUAUGCGUAAAGACAGACCAAAAGUUUCUUUGUUUCAUUCACUGACUGGAUAUAAAGAUGGAUGACAUGAUUGCUUCCUGAAAGUGAAGAGGAAACAUCUUGAGCGCCCCCUGGUGUUUGGCACCAGUACAAGUCAUCCCCUUCUCUGUGUUAACAGAGGAGACUUUGACCAAACUAAAACUCAAACUACGUGUCAGAUAAUUUUUUUCCCAAAGAUGGUUUCUGUCAUUGUGUCUGUUUAAAUUCUGUCAUUGUGGUUUGAGAAAUUUGCUUCUUCUUCAUUCUCCUUCCUCAAAACUAUUUUUACCAACACUGCUUGGUUAGCGUUUCACACCUUCUUACAUCAAGUUGAUCACUAAAAGAAAACAUUUCAGUCCGCUCAGUGUCAGAUGUGCCUGUGUGCUUGCUGAAUAACAUUAAGAGGUUUGUCUGGACGCUGCUGACUGGGUCAACAGAGGAGACAUGGAAGCUGUGAUUGGACUGCUGCUGAUGUUACUCAGAGUCACUCACGGUGUUGAAACCUCCUGUGAUGGCAGACAGAAUGGAACUCAGUGUUAUGGAGCUUUGGGAGGAACUGUGGUCCUCCAGCUGAUGGACAGCACCUCAGAUAUAUUUAGAUACCAAUGGUCAGAUAAAACAGGAGCAAUACUUGGUGGGGGUCAGAAUAGGCCUCUGCAUAACUGGAUAGCAAAACGAUCUGUGUUUACUCCCAGUAACGGAACAUUUCGGAUCAACAACCUGAUCACGACUGAUGAUGGUGAAUAUACUCUUAGAAUCUUUGAUUCAAGUGGAAAACAAUCAGAGAAGCGGAUUUUACAGUUGACCAUUCAAGCUCCUGUGUCCUCUGUCCUGCUGGACACUGAGUGUCUGUCCCAGGGAGAGCUGAGGGUGUCCUGCUCCUCUGAGGGAGGGGACAGUCCUCAGUACAGCUGGACUCUGAAUGGACACACACUGACAGAUGCUCAGCUCUUUUCUGGAAAUAAUGAGACCAACAUCAUCACUCUGAAACAAGACGUCUCAGGACAACUGGUCUGCUCAGUCGAGAAUCACGUCAGUCGUGUCUCAAAAGAAGUGAACAGAUCCACCUGUGGCUUCAUAUUCAUUAACUGCACCUUACCCAAUGGCACACCCAUAUCACAGUGGGUGUUUGAAGCCACUAACAGUCUGUGUGUCGAGCCAACAACAACAACAACCUCUCCCACUACUACUGAGGGGAAGGAGACCCAUGUGUCAAUUACACCCAUAGAUCACCCGUGGUACAUUAGAUAUUUAUAUCCCAUCUGUGGUUUGCGAACAGCUGUGGUGAUUCUCAUAUUCAUUGGGAUCACCAUCUAUUUUGCUUGGAAGAAGAAGAAACUGGAGAUGGCUGAAGGCUCUGCCGUCCUCCCAGAGGUGGAACAUCAAGAGAACUCUGUUGUGAAGGUUGAAAUGAUCUGAACUUUAACUUUCUGAAUCCAGUGCCUCAGUGUCGCUUCUCAACCUGCUGUGAUUGGCUGUGUGUUUUUGUGGACGUGAGACGUUUCACCAUUGAUUCAUUUACGGCAAGCUUACAUGCAGCAGCUCUAUUUCCUUCUUGGACAGCCAGUUUGAUUGCUUUUAACUUAAAAGCUGCAUCAUAUGCAUUUUUUUUAGUGUUUUCCAUGAUGACGGUAUGUGCAUGACAUGCAAAAUAACUGUUAAAUGUUCCGCUUAAAACCAGCGUCAUGUAGUCUGUAGUCAUGAAGUCAUUUGAGCGCCUGGUUCUGUCCCACCUUAAGUCCAUCACAACCCCCCUCCUGGACCC